AUGCUCAAUUGCCCGGUUUCCAACCGACCAGCUGACCCUACGGUACAUCAAGAUUGGAAUACCGCCAAACUCAUUGGUCUUGACAAUGUGCAACAGGCAGAUGAGGGCGAUAGGGAACACGAUCAGGCUCGCGAAGGUGAUGCACUCCCCAAGACCAAGGGAAGUCGAGUGUGCCUUUCUCGCAAGCGCACCCACAACGACCAAUUGGCUGUUGCCUUGUGUGGGGUUGUACUGGCCCGGGAGACUUUCUACAACGCUGAAAGUGAAUUCCUGUUACAUACCUUUCCGAAUCAAAUGCCUCAGGUAUGUUUCUAUGAUAACGCCUGCAGGCUGGUUGAGCACAUCUACCAUAGUGGUGCACAUCACAAGGCGUUUGCCGACACAGUCAUCCCUGUCAACCCCUUCCAUUUCCGUAGCCACAAGGACAGCGCCAAAUUCUAUGGAUCUUCAACUCAUCAGCAGCUGAGACGACCAAUGUCUGGUACGGAGGGUUUGCCUCAAUGGCUCGAAACAUGA